GUGCAUUUUUAUUAUGUUACAUAAUGUUUUAUGUUACAUAAGGUUAACAGAUUCUAGAUUAGAUCUGUAGCAAGAAAGACAAGAAGUCCGCGAGAAGUUAAAAGAAGUUGUUAAAAAAAGUUAAUUUCAUAUGAAAGAGCUUAAAAAGUUGUCUAGAAAGCGGUUCUGGAUUCAAGAACGUUUGUAAACAGAUAUGUUAAACUAUCAGCACAUUAUAACCGCUUCCAUCGGUGAUUUUGGUCGAUCUCAAUUCAUUAUCGUUUUCGCAUGCGUUAUGACAAAGUUCUUCUCAGCGUGGUGCAUGCUAAUGAUGGGUUUCGCAGGAGCCAAACCAAACUGGUGGACUCAAACCAUCAGUUAUAAUGCAACUACAAACACUUCAACUACCAUAAAGCAUAUAAAAGAAUGCCCCACGUUUGACAAUCAAACUAUUUAUUUUGAUGACGAUAUCUUUACAAUAGUCAGCGAGUGGAAUCUAGUGUGUGGAAGGGAUUGGAUACCAACUUUAAUCACAACAACGCAAAUGAUUGGUGUACUAGUUGGAGCCGCAGUGAUUGGUCAAUUAGGAGAUUGGAUUGGAAGGAAGAAAUCUUUGGUGUUUGUGGCAGCAAUGGAACUUGUUUGUGUUCUGCUUCUUGGAUUGUCUGUUAACUGGCACAUGAUGACUGCUGCUGCUUUUUUUCUCGGAUUCUCAUUAGGUGGAUACCUAGUGGUUAUCAGUGUGUAUAUGCUGGAAUACAUUGGAACAAAAUGGAGAACACCUAUUGGUUUGAUACCAUCUUGGGCGUUGGGUGUAACGGUUUUAGGAGGAAUGUUUAAACUUUUGCCAAAUUGGAGACAUUUAUGUUACGCCACAGCAGCUCUGGGAAGUCCUUUUGUUUUGUUGCUAAGCUUUUCACCUGAGAGUAUCCGCUGGUUAUUUAUCAAAGGUAAAAAUGAAAAAGCAAAAAGUAUUUUAAAGAAACUUGCGGCAAGAAAUAAGCGUCCUGAUCCUGAUUUUAAAGAAAUAGACAAAGUAUUAGAAGAAAAAACAAAAACAAAUGAAAAUUCGCUUAUACAGUAUAAUUAUUUGACAGUUUUACUGAAAGAUGCAACAAGAAAAAAGGCUUUACUGUUUGCCUUCAUGUGGUUCUCCUGUUCGUUCACAUACUAUGGGCUAACCCUGGGUGUAGGUAACUUAUCCGGCGAUAUUUCCGUUAACAUGUCUUUGAUGGGAUUAGGAGAAACCAUCUGUCUGCUUCUUGUUAAUCCUUUAUCAAAAUAUUUUGGGAGGAAGUAUACAACCUUACUGCUAUUUAUGUGUACGGCUUUUACAUCGUUUGGAAUCACUUUGGCUUAUUUUCUAUCCUCUUCAAAUUUCGAAAAGAUAAUGAAUGUGCUUGCUCUCAUCUCAAGAUUCUUUUUAUCGGGGGCUUGGGGAUCCCUCAUCAUAUAUACAACCGAAUCAUUUCCUACAGUUGUGAGAAGCGCUGCAUUUGGUUUUGUUUCUGUGGUAGCACGUGUCGCUGGAAUCCUUGCCCCUCAAAAUGAAUUUCUAGUCAAAGUUGCUACACAUCUGCCGUUCACAGUGAAUGGUGGACUCGCUCUUAUCAGUGCUUUGUUGUGUUUGCUGCUGGAGAAUACCCACAACCUUGCUAUGGAAGACCAUCUGCCGAAUAAAAAAGGCGAUAAAAUCACUGAAGAAACUUCAUUUACGACAACAAGUGGAAAUUCAUGAAUCGCAAGUUAUACUUCUCAUAGGACUGUUAUUCAAUAGAUUUACACGUUUUAAGUUUUAGAGAUUUUAGAGAUGUUAAUCUGCUCCUAGAAAAGAGUUUUUGUACUUCUAGACCGAUAAUUUUCUAGUUCUUUUUUAAAUAGAAUAAAAACAAAGCGAUAGUUCGAGGGUCAUAGGAGAUAUCCAUUUUUAUGGAAAUUCUUUGAGGACUUAACCUAGAUUGGGUACAAAAGCAUCCUCUGCCUAGUCUCUCCCAGACUAACCAUGGUCGACAAAUAUUUUUGGGAGUGGGGUGGCAGUAUUUUUAUAACAUGUAUUAUAUAAAUAUAAUAUAUUUUUUUAAAAA